AUGUUCGGGAAGUGGGUCUUUUUGGCGGUGGUUCUCCUCUUGCCAUACCUCAGCUAUUCAAGAUAUGAGGACCGUAAGUUGGCCAUGGCUGAUUUGUCUCAGCAUUUAUUUGUUGGAAUUAUUUUUCGUUAACCUUAGGCUAUGAUAUCAACAUGAUGCCCUUUGACCUUCGCCCAAUCCGAGAUUUCAUUGGCCUUUGGGAGAUCGAGGGACCCGCUGUAGGAAAUACGAGGGACCUCCCCGCCCCCUCACUCAUCGAUUUCUCCAUCAAUCCCAUCCCUAAAUUUGGGGCCCGAUCGGUUAAUAUUACGUAAGAAAAACGUUGAAACUAAAUUUAUUUUUAGUCAUACUUACUUUGAUUCUGGUAAGAAUGUCAUCAGAUCUGAUUACGGAUUCAUGCCAGUCAAGAAUUCAACCCGAAGAGACCCUCGAAUUCAUGUCGCUUAUCUGACAACAAGCAGUGAAGGUGAGGUUAUGUAAUCGGAUGAUUAAAAUAAUAUGUAAAGGGUAUUCGAUGAUGGAACAGGGAUUUGCCAAGGACAAUAAGCUUAUCUUCCAUCUAAAACAAUUCCUCCGGCGUUCUUUUGAUGUCGGAAGUCGAGGAGUUGAUCUUCAUGUCAGAGAAGUGAGCAUAACUAUCUUAAAAUUAGUUUUAACAACCUUGUUUUAGUUUGAGAGGCAAUAUGAGAUCCGAGAUUUCCAUCACAUGACCUUAAAGGUGAGAGCGGAGACAUCAGUCGACACAGAGAGUUACACAGCCAAAUACAAGAAGGUCCUCUACUAA